AAAAAAAUAAGCACUGGAAGAAUGUAGAGACGAUAACGGGUCCUAUUCCCUGUCCCCUUCGCUUCUCAACGAUACAGGAAAGCUAGUACUUCAACUACGGCGAUUCCAGCUAGCUAUUCAACAGGGCAAUGUCCCUAGCCCAACGAGUUGGUAGCUUCUUCACCGCUUCCACUCCCGACCCUCCUGCGACCCGUUGUCCUUCUGCGUCAUCGCCCCCCAUGAUGGACCUUUGGACCAGUUGGGCUUAUUGUCGGAUUCCAGCACCGCAGCUCAAUCGCAUGGCGGAAACAUGAGCCCAGACGAUGAAUUGGAGAGCCGGCCGCCAAUCCUCUAUUCUAUGAUAGCUGGAGGAUUGGGCGGCACCACCGGAGACAUGUUGAUGCACUCGCUUGAUACCGUCAAGACUCGACAGCAAGGCGACCCGCAUUUCCCGCCGAAAUACUCCUCAUUGGGCUCUUCAUACUACACGAUAUGGCGCCAGGAAGGCAUCCGACGCGGCCUAUACGGUGGGUGGUUACCAGCCAUGAUGGGAUCGUUUCCCGGUACAGUUAUGUUCUUUGGCAGCUACGAAUGGAGCAAGCGCCACCUACUGGACUGGGGCAUCCAGCCGCACAUUUCUUACCUGACAGCUGGAUUCGUAGGUGAUCUCGCAGCAUCGAUAGUCUACGUUCCUUCCGAAGUUUUGAAAACACGUAUGCAGCUUCAAGGCCGGUACAACAACCCCUUUUUCAAAUCAGGUUACAAUUACCGGGGAACCUUCGAUGCGGCAAGAACAAUUGUACGUGUGGAAGGCCCGUCAGCACUAUUUUAUGGGUACAAGGCGACACUGUACCGAGAUCUGCCCUUCUCGGCAUUUCAGUUCAUGUUCUACGAACAAUUUCGCAGCUGGGCAAAGCAGUGGAAGCAAAGCCGGGAUAUCGGAAUACCAUUGGAGCUUCUCACCGGUGCCGCCGGUGGUGGACUGGCCGGUGUCAUGACUUGCCCCCUCGACGUGGUGAAAACCCGGUUGCAGACACAAAUAGAGCCGACACCAACACCGGUGAUCUUGAAAGGCCGAGCAGCUGUCGACGCCAAGGCUGCAGUAAAAGAGGCAGCAAUCAUGCAACAAAAGGGAGCAGCCGACCAUAAGCAAAAAAGACCCAUCUCGACAUCUUCACCAUCUACUCAUCUGCCGCGACCUGGAGCAGUCACGUUGGAUACGUCAUCAGUGUAUCAAGGUCUCAAACUCAUAUAUAAGACGGAAGGCGUUGGCGGAUGGUUCAGAGGCGUCGGUCCACGCUUCGUCUGGACUAGUGUACAGAGCGGUUGUAUGUUGUUUUUGUAUCAAACCAUGUUGCGGCAGCUAGAGGUGUCGUUUCCCACGGAAACCCCGGAAGUCCCGGUCUGAGACGGGUUGGCCAACGGAAGGCCACCGUAAUGUAAAAACAUGGUAAUGACCGGACGCAUUUGCAGGCGUUGGGGAGACAAUAUAGACGCAGAGUCGAAGUUAUAGACGAGUUUUAGACAGAAAUCUCAAAUCAGAAGAUACCACAGGGCGCCAGGACAGCUUGUGCUACGAUGCUUUCAAUGUUUUC